GGCGACAGCGAACAGUCGGCAAACGUCGGCCCGCGCCCGUGCGCCGUCCUCACCGCAUCCGUGCUCCGUGAACCGACGAUCGCGUGCUAACUCGGACACCCGUGCUAUCCGCCCUCGCUCGAUACUCCGGGGUCUAGUAUUCCAGCCUUUCUGUGUACCAAUUGUUCGCUGUGACCGUGUUGUGAUACAAUAACCCGUUAAUAUCACCAGACUCACUGUGGUCGCUCUAACGAACGAUCCCGAGGAUUUGGAGCUGAUUUGCGGUCUACUCAGCUCCUUCGCCUACUCUUCACUUCAAGGUCACUCGAGGAGAAGGAGCCAGGAUAGAGAGCGUGAACCGCUUAUAAAAUAGGAUGGGGAGACGGAGGACGGCGCGAUGAGCUAGCGGCAUGGGAGGCGAGGGGGCGGGCCGCGGCGCCGCGCGCUGGCACGUGGGCGACUCGCCCCCGCGCGAGCCCAUGGGCUACGCGGCGCCCGCGCAGGAUGCGCCGCUCGACCGCGGCCUGGCGCCGGCGCCAGCGCUCGCACUCGCGCAGCCCUCGCCGGCCGCCGCCGCCGCCGCCGCUGCCGCCGCUCUGCAGCGCGCACACUCCAGAUCGAUGUCGUCACUUCCACCUGAGCCUUUUAUGAUGCUCAGAGCGAAGGCUCUGAGCAAGCGUGUGAUCAUCAACGUGGGUGGUGUGCGCCACGAGGUGCUGUGGCGCACGCUGGAGCGUCUGCCGCACACGCGCCUCGGUCGCCUGCGCGACUGCAACACGCACGAGGCCAUCACAGAGCUCUGCGACGAUUACUCGUUGCAAGACAACGAAUACUUCUUUGAUAGACAUCCGAAGAGUUUUAGUUCAAUUUUAAACUUCUAUCGGACUGGAAAGUUACAUCUAGUGGAUGAAAUGUGCGUUUUGGCAUUUAGUGAUGACCUCGAGUACUGGGGUGUAGAUGAACUAUAUUUGGAAUCGUGUUGCCAGCAUAAAUAUCAUCAGCGAAAGGAAAAUGUGCAUGAGGAAAUGCGCAAAGAAGCUGAGAGCUUGCGACAAAGGGAAGAAGAAGAGUUUGGGCAAGGCACAUGCGCCCAGUACCAAAAAUGGCUGUGGGAUUUACUAGAGAAACCCACUACGAGUAUCGCAGCUAGGGUGAUCGCGGUGAUCUCGAUCCUCUUCAUCGUGCUGUCCACGAUAGGGCUCACUCUCAACACCAUUCCGCAAAUGCAAGUGUACGACGACAAGGGCGCGCCCAUGGACAACCCGCAGCUGGCCAUGGUCGAAGCCGUGUGCAUCACGUGGUUCACGCUCGAAUACGUGCUGCGGUUUAGCGCCUCGCCGGAUAAGUGGAAGUUCUUCAAGGGAGGACUUAACGUGAUAGAUCUGUUGGCGAUAUUGCCGUAUUUCGUGUCUCUCUUUCUGCUCGAAACUAACAAAAACGCGACGGACCAGUUCCAAGAUGUGCGCCGUGUAGUACAAAUCUUUCGUAUCAUGCGGAUCUUGCGCAUCCUCAAACUCGCCCGCCACUCCACCGGCUUGCAGUCGCUCGGGUUCACGCUCCGGAACUCUUACAAAGAGCUCGGCCUGCUCAUGUUGUUCCUCGCGAUGGGAGUGCUCAUAUUUUCUUCGCUGGCAUACUUUGCCGAAAAAGAAGAGCCGGGGACUAAAUUUAUCUCUAUACCGGAAACGUUCUGGUGGGCCGGCAUCACCAUGACCACAGUCGGAUACGGUGACAUUUACCCCACGACCCCGUUGGGCAAGGUCAUCGGCUCAGUUUGCUGUAUCUGCGGCGUGUUGGUAAUUGCGUUACCCAUCCCUAUAAUCGUCAACAAUUUCGCCGAGUUUUACAAGAAUCAGAUGCGCCGCGAGAAGGCGCUGAAGCGGCGCGAGGCGCUGGAGCGCGCCAAGCGCGAGGGCUCCAUCGUCUCCUUCCACCACAUUAACUUGCGCGACGCGUUCGCCAAGAGCAUGGACCUCAUCGACGUCAUAGUGGACACAGGACACAACCUGUCGCAAGGGGACGCUUCUAGCCUGGAUGGCGAAGCGCCGGCGACCACUGGCUGCGCCAAACAGUACGAACACUCUAUUGGCAAUAGGAUACCUCAGACUGCUGACAAUAUUCAGUUUCAGAGCAGUCCUAAAAAGGAACGCCGCUUUUCAAGUGAAGGCUUCGACACGCCGGAGAAACGCUUGCUCAUUAAUCCUGACCCGACACCAGAAAAGAAGAUGGCUGAAAAACAGCUUGACUUGGAUCAGCUGCCUUCUGAAUUUGAAUGUUGUUUUUGCACUUUCAAGGGUUAUAAGGAGUUUAUAGACGCUGAGCAACUAAUGCCAAUGGCGACUUCGGACCUUCGGCAGCCAGUUUGUGUAGAGCUCGCUUGCCUACAGAGACACCCCGCGCCGCGGGCCUUGCCUGAAGCAACCCCCAAUAGUCUUGACAGCCCUGAUACAUUUGCAUCAUGCCUUACGCACCCUUUUCCUUCAGAGGGCGACAUCACGUGCGAGAACGACUCGUCAAACUUGUAUGUGAAUCCGUUGGACGGUAGCGGCGGUGGCGGGGCGGGGGUGAGCGGGGGCGGGGUGUCGGCGGACUUUAACGGUGUGCGCAAGAGCGCCUCGGGGGACAUUUUGUGUGCGAAAGGUUCGCAGGCCGGGGGCUCCCCGCGCGGGUCCCAGGGCAGCCUGUCGGGCGUGGCUUGCGGCGACGCGGCGCGACCCGACGCCUCGUGCUGCGACCUCCCGCAACCGACUGAUGACUCGCCCGCCGCCGCCGACGACGCCAAGCCCAAACACAGAAAAGCGCGUUUUCAACAGGAAUGGUCGGAGGAGGAGAAGAAACCGCCGAGAGGAAUAGCAACGAGGAUUAUCAAUCAUCACAUUCUAUUUGGUAAGAACGGCAACAAACGCAGUGGCGGCGGCUGGCCCCUUGAAAGCGAUUCGCGCUCUCGCUCCAUACUGAAGAACAAAGAGUCCCGGGGCACUGACAGCGAACUACUCCUACAAGAGACGACUUCACUUGGUGCUAACGGAGACUCAGGUAGCGAAUCCUCGCCGAUUCGCCUCAAAGACUUCAAGAGUCAAAACCAUAAAGGCAGUGCGACAGAUAGAAGCAACCUUGUAACGUAGGACAUAAAGACUAUAACGCCACACCCUCGCUCACCUUGCGCGAAUAGACAUAGUCGUGUAGGUAUACAUAUUUCCUACGAUAAAAUAUAAUAAUUAAUUAGAACGCAAUAAUAAAAAAUACAUAAAAAAUAAUUUUAACAUAUCAUUGGGCGAUUGUGACUGCUUGUUGAUAGACGGUUUUCAUUUUGUAGAGUUUAUUAUAAAUAUUGUAUUAUAGAAAAAAAAAUAUAUUACGUAAUGUAAUAAUCGUUCAUUCCAAUCGAAAAGUUGAAAGUACCUAUUUGUUAAGUUUUUUUACGUGCAAUUAUUAAUUGCUAAUUCUAAUUUAAGCGAAUAUAGUUUGUACAGCAUAGUGAAAAAAAAGGAAGCAAUUAUUAAAAUUAAAGAUUUUCUGAAAUUGUUACUUGAUUGUUUUAUUGAUUUUUUUUACUCAUGUCCGCAGUUUUGUUGACUUUUUUUCUAAGGACUUUAAACCGGUUCGUAUCUAUAGGUAUAUCAUAUAUGUAUAGUUAAGACCGAGUCUUAGAGCUUGGAUUCUAUAGAUUAACUAGCGAACGCCCGCGACUUCGUCCGCGUGAAACCCGAUGUAAACUUUCAACUACCCCUACCCCUACAAUAUUGGUUUGUAGUACAUGCUAUGUAUCAGAGAUGGCGCUGUAUGUGAAAAAAGAUUUUCCCGCUUUUCUGUUGAAAUUUUUCCUGAAUUUUCUUUGCUAUAAACCUCACGGAGCCCGAGACCUUUCCAAUGAAUGCAAAACCGUGGAAAUCGGUUCGUGCGUUCUGGAGUUAUAGCGUCAGGAAGGAAAACCCGACUUAUUUCUAUAUAGUAGGUGGUUUAACUCAAAUAAGAUUUAUAAAUUCCGAUAACACAAACUCUGAUAUUCGUACAAGCGUAAAGAUUAGACAUCCUUUUUUAAUUAAGUAUUAAUAUAAUAUUUUUCCAUCUCCAUCUAUCCAUCAACUUUUUUGAUUGUGUAAAUGCAGUUGGCUCCUUAAUGGGACUUCAGCGGCGUGACCGGGGGGUUUGGGCGAGCGCAAAAGCGUCACCUGAUGAGGCUUAAAGGCAGAAGCAGAGUAGAUGGCCGGAACAACUCUUUAAGGGCGUCUCCUUUGAGAUUCGGACCUCGGCUUUAUCCAUCCAUAUUUUAAUUUUCAUGCCUAUCGCUACAACCGUAAGAUGCUUUCGGUUGUGACGAGGCUGAUGCCUCGCUUUACGAGAUUGCUUGAGGAGGCGUCACCUCAGUGCCUUUACCUACUUAUACAGUACCUACGGAGAUUCUUGAGAAUCCGAAAGAAGUGCACACACUUAUUUGGUUCACAUCUACUACGUAUUUUAUGCAAUGCACAAUUUUGAUAUUAAAAUUCGCUUAUGUUCCAUUUCUCGAUAAUGUAAAUUGGGCCUUACUACUACGUAUUUAGGCUCAAAAUAAAAGUUAUACUAGUAGUCAACAAUGAUAUUUAUUUUUAAGCGAAAUAAUUUUCAAUUAUAUAAUGUGUUUAACAUAAACUUACAUUACCAAUAAUACAAAAAUGUCAGUGAAUUUAAAAUGAAUUACACAAUAAGUUAAUAAAUUAAAAUAUAAAAAGUUUCAAGUCACAAGAAA